AUGUCCUCUCGGUCAAUAUAUUUUUAUGCUAGUACUCUCAUUGCGUUAGUAUUACUCAACUCGCAUUCAUCUCUAGGUCUUAAUAAUUACACAGAUUCUUCGAUAGAUUGUUCUUCUAUUACUUCAUGUGGUGAAUGUACGAGUCAUUUAGAAUGUGGGUUUUGUGUCUCGACCAGCACGUGUGUACAAGCAGGUUGGAAAGGUCCUUUCAAACAUCCAUCAGCUUGUCCAAGUUGGGAUUAUGAAUACGCCCAAUGUUUUGUCACUCAUAAACAAGCUCUGAUAUCUUUGAUCUCUGCUCUUGUCGGCAGUGUAUUCAUCUUACUUUUACUCUGCUUCUGUUGUUGUCUGUGUCGAUGCUGUAGAUUUAGGAAUAACGAUGAGGAAAGAGUUCCUCUUCUUGGUGAUACAAUUGCAACCCAUCAUUUUAGACGUGCUUCAUAUUAUAAUUAUAAUCGAAAUCGUCCCUUUGAAAGAAGAGGAAGGACUCUAAGUUCCGGAACUGCCAAUAGCACAAUGCAAUAUGGAAGAAAUUGGCGUAAUGGUACUGAUGAGUAUAUGUAUGGAUAUGGUGGUCCAACUACCCCUUCAAUGCUUUGGGUUAAUGAUAGUCCUGUUCCAACCGACUAUCCAAUGGGUUCCCAUAAUAGUAGUCUUGGUAACAAUGGUGAAUGGCGUCGUUGGGAGAAAAAACGUGAAGAAUUAUUGGCUAAAUAUGCAAAAAGUAAUAAUGAAGGUUGA